UCGCUUCUGUUUGACAGAGUCGUGGCCACUAACUCGUGCUUACAAGGUUGUUCGUGUCCGUCACGGUUGUGCGACUCUCUAGGACUCUCUGCACUAGACAUACUCUAUCGACGUACGAUUGAUGCAUCACGCUCUGCUUAUUUCUGAAAUCCUCCUGGACAUAUUCGCCCAUGUCAAUACAAACCUGGACCCACUAUCAUAUGGCGAGAUAUCAUUGGCUCGGAAAUCCCUUGCAACGCUUGCAGCGACAUGCAAAACCUUCUACGAGCCCGCAAUGGAUUUGCUCUGGGCUGACAUGCAUGGGAUAGUACCACUGCUGGGCUGUGUAACGAGGCUCCAUCCUAUGAUACAUGCUGGAAGGUACACUUGGUACUCUGAAGGCAUCAACCCAUUAUGUGAGCAUGAAGUCCGUCAAUUUUUGCGUCACGCCCACCGCGUGCGCUCAUUGCAAAUCCCAUUCGACAACCAUUUUCACCUUCUUUCAGUCUUCCCUAUCAAGACAUACAUGUUCCCGAGAUUGCUGUCGUUAUCAAUGGUUUUACAUCCGACUGGAUACUUGCAUCUCUUCCUGUCCCCCACGUUGCGUCGUUGUUUCCUACCGCUCAUUCAUCCGGAUUUGAAAUUAAUUGCGACCUAUUGCUCUGCUUUGGAGGAUUUAACCGUCAAGGUCCCUUGCCCAAGCACAUCAGAUGAGCUGUCCCUGCUGUCUGACAGUGUCCGUCUGUGCAAGCAGCUUGUAACUCUGUACUGUCCACCUCUUGACUGGGCAGCAUGGGAGCACCUCUCCAACCUCCCUACCCUUCUCUCAGUGGCGAUUUGUGGCGAAGUUUUUUGCCCGUUGGACACGGAUAACUUCGUUUUCACACGUUUCCUCAACAUCACAGCUCUUUCCUUCCAUGUAAACACGGCAUCAUACGUUAUCGCAGUCAUGCAAAACUCAGCAUUCCCCUCGCUGAAGGAGUUCAAGAUGGUUGUCCGUGCCUUGCCUUGGGAAGAUGCCGAGCAGCUUUUUCAUGCACUGUCACAGUGCACGGCAUCCCAGGUUCUUGAACACAUCGACAUUUUAUCCCGUGAUCAAAGAGUUCCGGAGCCCUCGGACAGUUCUUUGACACCAAUCGCACAAUUCUUUGGUUUCACGCAGCUCCAAACCCUGCAGCUCGCUUUUCCCCAUUGCUGUAUUCGCCUUGACAACCACCUUCUUUUGAAAGCCAUGUCAAGUUGGCCACUCAUCCGCUCUCUGAAAUUAGAAGACCCACAUCUUCGCCCAGCUACUAUUACAUUCUGCGGAUUAUUCGCAGCGCUCCGUCAAUCCCCCCACUUGCAUACGCUGCACGUAUCAAUGGACGCUGUGAAUAUCGAUGUCGAUCCCCAGGCCGAGUCAUUUCAGCAUAAAUCUCUACAAACAUUGGAUGUGCGCUCCUCCCACAUAGCAGAUCGCGAAACCGUCGCUCAAAUCAUCUUCUCUAUGCUUCCUUCCGUCGAGAGCGUCAUCUACGGCUAUAGUGGACGCCACAUCCGGUACGCGUGGCAGGAAGUUAACAAGCGUCUCAAAUCUCUCAAGUCUUCUGCGGCCCUUGGCCGCUAUGUCACUGGAGCAGCUGUUGGAGGGACCUAAGCUCACAAUAUAUACACAUUCAGCAGGUGUCCUGGAGUUGCUAUCAAUAUUUUCAUACUUAGAAUGUGGGAGUGGGACGUUGGGACGAGCAAGGUGGUCUUAGAUUACUCCUUAACAUGUAAUUGACUCAGAAUACAUGAUAAUUAUCUGUCA